UAACAUCGCGACUCGUGAGAAUAAACCGGGCAACAAAUACAAUCAGACAUUUAUUACAUUCGGUGUUUUUCACACUCACAAGUAGAGCACGAGUGAGCUUCGAUGUCAGGCGACGGGAAAACACCGCCGGCGAUCGCCGGUGCAGCGAAAAUACAGUACAGGAUGGCGAAAACUUCGGUGUGGUGGGACAUAGAGAACUGCCAGGUCCCAAGGGGAUUCGAUGUGUACGGAAUAGCACAGAAUAUAAGCUCAGCACUGGCCAAAAUGAGCUACUGCGGCCCCAUUUCUAUCUCUGCUUACGGUGAUAUUCUUCGCAUUCCUAAACCUGUUCAAGAGGCUCUUAAUAGUACUGGCAUUUCACUUAAUCACGUCCCUGCUGGUGUUAAGGAUGCUAGUGACAAGAAAAUCUUGGUUGAUAUGUUGUUAUGGGCAGUCGACAAUCCUGCUCCUGCAAAUUAUUUACUUAUUUCUGGGGAUAGGGAUUUUUCUAAUGCACUUCAUCAAUUGCGAAUGCGGAGGUAUAAUAUCCUCUUAGCCCAGCCCCCACGAGCAUCUGCUGCACUCGUUGCAGCUGCAGAGAGUGUUUGGCUCUGGGCAACCCUUCUUACCGGAGGAUAUCCGUUGGCCACUGGUGGAUUUUUGCAGCUUGGUAAUAAUAGCAAUAUUCUACACUCUGCAGCAUCUCAGGGUCUAGGUCGGGAUGCAUCUCUAUCAAACAAAACUGCAGGUUCGUAUUCCGAAAAUAUACCCUCAAGUAAUCAUAGAUUCAUUGGUCCUGCAGUAGCUGGUGCAGAGAAUCAGCCUCUUAUAACAAGAGCCUUGAGUGUUGAUACUGCCCAGCCUGAAAAUGCCCCGGUGAGACAGAUAAUGAGCGCUCCUCAUGAAUUUUUUGGAGUUAAUAAGCCUGUAAUGCCUGCAAGUAUCUCGCAACCAACACAGCAGCUGUCUUUUAACAUGAUAGAUAUUAGCAGUUUUCCAACUUCUGAGGUUCCAUCUAAAAUAUCAUCAAUUUCCAAGAGCAAAUUGGACAAUAGCAUGGGCAAAGCUCCACAGUGCCGAAAGCCUUCUGACUACAUAGAAGGCCUUAUAGGUGUCGUUUUACUUGCUUUGCACCAUCUGAAGCUGGAAAAGCUAAUACCCUCGGAAGCAAACAUAAAGGACUGUAUUCGUUAUGGUGAGUUGAAGUUCCGUAAUAUCGAUGUCGAGAAGGCUAUAAAUUUUGCAGUUGAGCACCAGAUGAUAGUGAAACAAAGUCAGGGGGCAGUGUCUCUGUAUGUAGGUCGGAUUGAGAGACUGUGGGAAUGUGUGGACACUAGUGGUGGCAACCAGUAUCAGUAUUCCAAAGCUACGUGGGAUGGGAUUCAGAAGUUUUUAUGUUCCUCAGCUGGUCAUUCAGCAAUGAUGGCUUCUGAGUGCAGGUAUCAAGCAGGUUUGAUUCUGAAAACAUUAUGUUUGAAAGAUCUUUCACUGGGUGAGGUAUUACAGAUAUUAAAUAUGAUAAUAACUUUGAAGAGAUGGAUUACGCAUACUGAGCCUGGAUGGCAACCCAUCACAAUUACCAUUGCAGAGAGUGAAAGUAAUUCAAGUUCUGGUACUGAUGCUUGAAGUGGUAAAGUUUUACUGUCUUGGCAUCUGCAAGUAUGCGUAGAUUGUUAUACACUAAGCCUAGCCAAAGAAGGAAAACAGAAUAUUUUGUAAUGGAAAACCGUAUUUUGGUCGUGAACACUCAUGAAUGGAGUGGUUGAAGCCAAGUCGAUUCCAGCACCAGGGAAUAGAGAUAAGCAUUUACCAUUGGGUGUUGUGCCUUUAUACUCGGUUACGAGUGAAUUUUUUGUUGACUACAUGGAAUGGGGAUGAAAUUGAAGCUGAGUAUAUUUCAGCACAAGGGAUAAGCAUUACUGCUAGAUUGUCUUAUUCCUUGAUGAACCAAGAAAAUUUAUGGUUCAUACUCAUCCUUGUUUGCAAGUAAGCAAAGCAUCACUUCAGUUCUUUCUCUUGUGUUGAUAUUAAUGGAACACUUUGGAUUAGGGGAGACUGUAUACAUGGACUGUGACAUAAAGUUCAAACUUGAAGGGUCGGUAAUAUUUCUUUUGAUGUUGGUUUGCAUCAUGCAAAUUGUCAUAAAAUGUUACCCUUUGGAAAAAAACGAUUAUAGUGGAUUCAGAAAAAGUAGAGUAAAGAUGAUGCAGGCAACUCCAACUAUGGG